AUGAAAGGGUUGCCCUGCCCGUGCCCUGCUGUGCCCCAUUUCUGGCAGCUGGGGCCUGGCUUCAUGGCUGAGGGCUCCAGGACACAGACCCCGGGGAAAGGGCCCCCUCUUAGCAUCCAGCUCCUGCGAGCCCAGUAUGAAGGCCUGAGGAGGCAGCAGCGGGCCCAGGCCCACCUCGUGGUGCUCCCGAAAGGAGGGAACAUGCCUGCUUCUACUGAACCCAUGGUCAGCGCUGUUUGGAUUAACAGAGAGAGAAGGUGCUCCCUGUCCCUGGAGGAGGCUGCUCCGGAGGCAGAGGGGAUGGUGGAGGAGGAUAACCAACACUGUCUUCAGGCCCCUGUGUCUCCAUGGCACACACACCUAGAGAUGCAUUGUUUGGCCCAAACUGUGUCCCCGGAAACCAGUCAUCAAGGGAAGCACAGGAGCAAGCUGGUGGGGUCAGACCAAAGGCUCCCUCUGGAAGGAGAGACACACUUGUUUGGAAACAAUCGGAUAAUUCAGCAAGGAACCACAAUCCCAGAGGCAGCCCAACGUCAAUGCCAGGUGGGCAAUACUGAAACAAAGGCAGUGGGAUCUGGCUUAAAAUUCAGCAUUCCCCGUCCUCCCUCCAUAAAGCAGCCACACAGGUCUGGCAAACCAGCUCACUAUCCAUUUCCCCAGAGGAAAACUCCCAGGAUCUCCCAAGCUGCCCGGAACCUGGGCUUAUAUGGCCCAGCCUGA